AGUAUCUUAUACUGAGCGGGAACCGCUGUUCAACAACGUGCUCAAAUCUUGUUCUCUUUUCAUUCUUACGUCUUGUGCGCUCUUGAAUUUACUUUGUGUUAAGUUGUAAUUAACUUACCAAUUAAACUUAAUUGAUUAGAUAGCUUUCAAGAAUGGCUGAAUUUGCGGAACUCCAUACCCAAGAAUGGGAACCAAUUGUGAGUGAAAUUAAUCGUCUGGGGCUAUUUUCACGGGCAGAAAUAAAGAAAUUAGUGAGCAAUGUACAUGAGAAGGAAUAUACUAUGCAAAAGAGGACGAGAACGCUGGACAAUGUUUUAGAUUAUGUCAAAUUCCAAACAGACCUUUUGGAAGAAAUUAAAAAAUGUCGAGAGGAAUUAGAAGUAUUUGAAAAGUUUGAAGAAAUUGAGCAGGCGAUCGCGAGGAGGAUAAACUCCUUGUUUGGUUCCUACACGCGAAUUUUUUCCAACGAGAUCCGAUUUUGGGAGGAGAAACUAAAAUUUGUGAUUGAACAAAAAUGGUUUUCAGCCGCGUUUACAACUUAUCAGGACGCAAUCAUUCAUCAUGGGUCACGUUAUCCAUACCUCUAUGAAAAGGCCAGUGCAUUCGAAUGGAGUAGAAAUCCAAUAAAGCAUAUUGACUCGGCUAGACGAUUGCUGACUGAUGGGAUUAGAUUGAACCAGCAAAACUUGGAUAUGUAUGCAUGGCGUUUUGAGUUGGAGAUGAAGCACGCAAGCCUGCUAAAUAACAAAAUUGACAACCAGGAAGAGUUGAACUCGGAGACGUUGAAUAAAUACAACACAGAAAUCCAAAAUUGUUUGCAAGCUAGCAGACUUGCUUUCACUGGGGCGAUCGAGUUUUGUCUUCCACAAGACGGCAAAGUCAAGUUGUACGACCAAUUUUUGCAAAUAGCGUCAAAAUAUCGGUUUGAUGCUCAAAGUGAAUUUAUUUUAGGGGAAAUGAUGAAAACUUGUCAAGAUGAAGUUGAAUAUUAUGGGAAACUUGCAGAAUACAAUCUGGAAAAGGGAGAUUUCAAUGGCGGACUGUCAGAAUUGAGAAAAGGCAUCAAGAUGAUCGACACCUCAGAAAUGUAUGGCACUGUACUUGCUGUGCUUCAUAAGCAUUUGCAAAAUCAUCCGAGCACACAAGGGUAUGAAACUCUUCAUUCUAUUCUUCAAAGCGGUAUACGAAAUGACAAGUUGUCUCCAGAAAGCUAUUUAAUUUGGCUUGAUCAAUGUAUUUCUUGGCCAUUUCGUAAAAACGGUGUUGAAAAAACUCACAUGUUCUCCGAAGACGAAAGGAUGAAAGUCUUAAAGACUGCGAUAGAAAAGUACCCAGAUAAUUUGCAGUUUGCGAUAGAAAUGUUCAAAAUAAAUGCCGAGAAAGGUUUACCUCUUGAAGCCGACAUUGAGCGAAUAAACAAAACUGCGCUGCCACAGGACAACGUUGAUGACUGGAUGUUUCCUAUUCUUAUGAUUCACGUUGAAACAAACCCUUCAAAACAAAUGAGAUCGUGCUGUCAAAAGUUUGUCAACCGGUCUCCCAAAUUGUUUGCAAAAUAUCUACGCUACAUACAUUUGAAAGAUGGAAUCGCGGAGGUGCGAGAUGCAUACAAAAGUUCGAAUAAAGUAAAUGACUAUGAAGUGAUGAGCACAAUGGCCGACAUGGAAUUUAGAAGCUUGGAUCAUUCCCUCCCCCUGGGUGAAAAGUACAAACGGUUUCGUGACAUCAUGGAGAAAGCGUGCCAGUUACAUGGCAAGGCGAAUCUUGAAGUCUGGAUCGACUACAUAAAAUACGAAAAAUGUUUGAAUAACCCAGACAAGGUUUCAGAAAUCUUCGCCCGAGCCUUAAAUUCCGUACCUUCAAACCUUAAACAAGAACUUUUGCUACGACGAGAUCGACUAAUUACAAUGAAUUAAUCGAUAACAUGUGUUUCCCUACGAAUCUAAUCUAUCCUAGGUUUAUAAUUGUGAUUUUUAGCUAUUUAAAAUUAGAAUUUUUAUUUUGAGUGAAAUGCAUGUUUUGUUUAUAUAUGUAAGGAUAAUAUACUUAUAUACUUUAUUAAAUGCAAACACAAAUUAAAUCAAAGAAAA